GCUCCCACGCACAGGCCAGCCGGUGCUGGCAAGGGUCUCCGUCCCGGGGCACCGCGGCACCCUCUAGUCCGGAGUCUCCAAAGGUGCAGCCUCGUCGCCCAUGAGCCGGUGACGGCCCCCAGCCCCCGGGGGAUGGCGAGGCCCUCGAGCGACAGGUCCCAGGCCCCACAGCUGCUGGGCGGCCCGGCGGGAGGCGCGGCGCUGCACGGCCUGCGAAGCCUCUUGCAGGGGCCCGGGAAGACCAAGGAGCCGCCGGCCAGCUGUCUCCUGAAGGAGAGGGAGCGCAAGGCGGCGGCCAGUGGCAGUGAGGAAGUGGGCGGCCUUCUGGGGGUCUCGGGCCGGCCCCGCUCCGGCCCGGGCCCCGGCGCCCUGCUGGCCUCGCUGCUGUGGGAGCGGCCGCUGCCCUUCGGUGACGUGGACGACGUGGACCUGGACGCCUUCCUGUUGGAGCACGGGCUGCCGCCUAGCCCCCCGGACCCCGGGCCGCCGGCGCCCCGCGCAGCCACCGCCCCGUCCUGCUCGUCGGGCUCCUCGUCCCCGGCUCCAUCCGGCUCUUCCUCUCCCGUGCCCACGCCCACGCCAGCUUCUCCACGGCUGUCCCCGGGGGGACAGGUUCUGGGACUUAGGGCCCCAGGCGCAGGUGGCUCGGGCUCCCAGCGCGCAGGCCCGGCCUCUCGGGACACCCCCAGCCCGGUGGACCCUGAGUCUGUGGAGGUGCUGAUGACCUUUGACCCCGACCCAGCCGACCUGGCCCUGUCCAGCGUCCCAGGGCAGGACACUUUUGACCCCCGGAAGCACCGCUUCUCUGAGGAGGAGCUGAAGCCCCAGCCCAUCAUGAAGAAGGCUCCAAAGAUGCAGGUGCCCGAGGAGCAGAAGGAUGAGAAAUACUGGAGCCGUCGCUACAAGAACAAUGAGGCUGCCAAGCGCUCUCGGGACGCCCGGCGGCUGAAGGAGAACCAGAUCUCUGUACGGGCAGCCUUCCUGGAGAAGGAGAACGCCCUGCUCAGACAGGAGGUGGUAGCGGUUCGCCAGGAGCUCUCCCACUACCGGGCGGUGCUGUCCCGCUACCAGGCCCAGCACGGGGCCCUGUGAUGCUGUGGCUCCCCAGUGCCCCUGAACCCCCACACCCAGCCAGCCCUAUCCCCGGACACUGCCUCCUGGCCCUGACUGGCUGCCAGCCCCCGGGCUGGCCUCUCUGUCUCUGCCUCCACCCCCAGGACAUUCUCCUCUGGGGAGGGUCCUGGGCCCCUCAUCCCAACCUCUUUGCGUACUGGGACCAGCAGGCUCUUCCCAGGAACACUGCCAGCUGGACCUUGUGUGGCCCUGGGCAGGACUUUGGCCUCCUCCCUGGCCAGGCCCAGGUGAAGUACCCCAAGAUCAGAGGAUCCCACAGCAGCCCUGUUCUUGUCCCUUGAACUCUUCCCCCUGUCUGCCCACUGGUGUGGCCGUGGGCUCCUCAAGGGGCUAAGGCCCAGGGAACGGUAGGGCAAGGUGCUGAGAUGAUGAUAAAUCUAUAUAUAUACAUAUAUAUAUAUAUAUAUAUAUUUUUUAAGAAAAAGAAGUAUAGCCCCCUUCUCCUCCCAGCUGAGGGGGGAUGGGUGUCAGGGGGGGAACUGAGGGGUUGGGGGGGGGGGGGCCCUUCCCAUUUCUUUGCUCCCUGGCCCUCUCCAGUUGAAUAACUCCAAUAAACCAUGAGAAGCCAA